AUGGACACGUUAUGUUCUAGACUGAAGGUGGGGUCCGGUAGGAAGACGCACCUCUGGAUGCACAAUGGGUACGUUGGCUGGGUCGUCGUCCGGGUCUGGGAAAAAGGUUUGGGACUGGGAUAUGCAUAUCAAGCCGUUGAUGGAGCCGACUAUUUGGUGAGAGGUCCAGUCUGGGUAUUGGAAGGGGACAUCGAAAGGGGUCAAGCAGGAAGGGUCGGAAGGGAGAUUUUCAUCGUUGUUGAGCAGAAAGUGCCGCUCUUUGGGUGUACCGAAGCGAAUCUGUCCACGCUCGUGUGCGGUGAGCAAGAUUUUGGAGGAGUGGCGGUCAAAGGAUAUGUUCAUGCCAGCUAA